AUGGCGAUGCUAAAUCUGGUCCUUUCUGCUUCUUACCUCUAUAUAUUUGGUACUAUAUUCUUUGACAUCAUUCACUAUCUUCUACACCAAUGGUCGAGAUCUCGCUGGCGAAUCCUCCGUUUUCUUUCUCGCUGUCAUCAAUACCACCACCUCUACUACCCCCGAUCCCUUCAAUUCAAUCAGCGAUAUGCCAAACCGAAUGCCUUGAUUGCUCUUCCCCUCGAGCUAAUAUGUCAAUUACUUGGAAGUAUUAUCGGCUGGAUCCUUGCUACCAUCCUGAGUUUACAUGUUAAACACCUCGAUACGAAUGCCCUCUCUCUCGUCCUCGUCGUGCAAACCAUUCGCUCUCUUUUUGUUAUUAUCAGUAACGGCCAGGACUCCAAUCAUAUCGCCCUUGACAAAGUACCGAAAGAUCAUAGCUGGGCGUUCGUGGGACCGGAGUACCACUCCUUGCACCAUAUCUACCCAGAUCGGUAUAUGGGAUCUAUGGUGAAACUGUUUGACUGGGUUGCGGGUACUGCAUACUCUCUAAAGAACAAGACGGUGGUCAUGACGGGUGGAUCGGGGGCAUUUGGACAAGCGAUGGAGAAGCAAUUACUUGCUGAAGGAGUCAAAAGCAUACACAAGCUGCAGUUCGGCAAGGACUGGAACAACGAAGACUUCUCGCGCGUUGGACCUACCCUUGAAGGGGCAGAUAUCAUCAUUCUCGCGCAUGGAACAAAGGGGUCAGAUGCCAUGGACUCGAACUGCACCUCAUCAGUCCGUUUAAUUGAGCUGUUCAUGCAACAUAUGUCUGCACAAUCUCAGAGAACCAAAGUUCUACCAGAAAUCUGGUACGUCGGCAGCGAAGCGGAACUGCAUCCGGCUUGGGGUGGACCUGAGAUGGUACGAUACACUGCGUCUAAGAGAGCAUUCUUACCCUACGCACGUGCUCUGUACAAGUCGGACAAGGUUAUAUAUCGACAUAUCGUCCCUGCAGCGUUCGAUUCUCGCAUGGGAAAGGCGAUUGUGUCAGCUGAUUGGGCUGCGCGGUGCACAAUGUCGUGGAUCCGACGGGGAGCUUAUUAUGUCCCGGUUACAUAUACGGGGCUCGCAUAUUUGAACUUUUUCAAGUUCUUAUUGGGGGUGUCAUCAGAUUUGAAAUGGAUGGAUAAGAUGGGGAAAGCCUAG